UUUCUGAAGUUGCUAGAAGUUUACAGAAAAGGAAGGGCAGGCACAUUUCACAAAUCUACAACCUCUAACACCAUCAUGACAUCACAAUCUGUUCCCGACGAGACCAUCAUAGUGCUCCCAUCAAACGACACCAACUUCUCCCAAGCAGAGAAACCCAAACCCACCAACCAGAGGCAGGAUAGCCUGAAGAAACGUCUACAGGCAAAAGUCAAAGUUAUUGGGAUUAUCCAGAUCUCGUGUGGUAUGAAGGUGUUAAGCUUGGGAAUCAUUUUGGCAUCUGUUUCCUUCUCUCCAAAUUUUACACAAGUGAUUUCUACACUGCUGAAGUCUGCUUACCCGUUCAUAGGACCCUUGUUGUUUGUCAUCUCUGGCAUUCUAUCAAUUGUCACAGAGAAAAGGUUAACCAAGCUUUUGGUGCACAGCAGCCUGGCUGGAAGCAUUCUGAGCACUCUGUCUGCUCUGGUGGGUUUCAGUAUCCUGUCUGUCAACCUGGCUGCAUUAAAUCCUGCCUCACUGCAGUGUGAGUGGGACAAAAACUAUGCAUUGGAUGUAGCGAGCAGACGUUUUCUUUAUUAUGAGUAUUAUGAAUCACCUUACACCAUGGACUGCUGCCAUAGAGAAAAAGCCAGUCUGGCUGGAACUCUGUCUCUGAUGCUGAUUUGUACUGUGGUGGAGUUCUGCCUGGCUGUGCUCACUGCUGUGCUGCGGUGGAUACAGACUAAGUCUGACUUCCCCGGGUGA